AUUUCCAUGCACUUCACCCAUCUCUUUAAAAACUUGACUCCUCUAAUCCACCAUCCCACAUCGCCCAAAAAAAAAUUAAGCAUGAGCACUGCUCCUACUUUUGUUGCAACCAAGAACAUGGCUUUAGCUCUUCUUCUAUUCGGCUUCUUUCUGGCAGCAUCGGCUGGCAAAUUCUACGAUGAGUUUGACAUCACAUGGGGUGAUGGGCGUGCAAAAAUACUCAACAACGGCCAGCUUCUCACGUUGUCUCUCGACAAGACCUCCGGCUCCGGUUUCAAGUCGAAGAAGGAGUACUUGUUUGGGAAGAUUGAUAUGCAGCUAAAGCUUGUGCCCGGCAACUCCGCCGGAACCGUCACUGCUUACUAUCUGUCAUCGCUAGGGUCAGCUCAUGACGAAAUCGACUUUGAAUUUCUUGGUAACCUUAGUGGAGACCCUUAUAUUCUGCACACAAACGUAUUCACAGAGGGGAAAGGCAAUAGGGAGCAACAGUUUUAUCUUUGGUUCGACCCCACCAAGGACUUCCACACCUACUCCGUCCUAUGGAAUUCUCGAAGCAUCAUUUUCUCUGUGGAUGGUACUCCCAUCAGAGAAUUCAAGAAUUUGGAAUCAAAGGGGGUCUCCUUCCCCAAGAACCAAGCCAUGUGGCUAUACUCCAGCCUCUGGAACGCCGACGAUUGGGCGACACGCGGCGGCCUUGUGAAGACCGAUUGGAGCCAAGCCCCGUUCACUGCCUCUUACACAAACUUCAAUGCCCAAGCCUGCGUUUGGUCCUCAGGCUCCUCCUCUUGUUCAUCCAAUUCCUCCGGCAACUCCUGGCUGACGGAAUCCCUCGACACGACCGGGGCAGAAAGAAUAAAGUGGGUACAAAAGAAUUACAUGAUUUACAACUAUUGCUCCGAUACCAAGCGCUUCCCGCAGGGACUCCCGCCGGAAUGUUCACAUGCUUGAAUUUAAUGUAACCCCCACUUUCUUCUCGACGUUACAUACAUAGUUUGUCUUGUAUAAGUGAAAAAUAGGGGCCUUUUGUAAUAUGUCGGUUUGGCUCAAAGGGAGAGAAAGUGGGGAUUUCUGUAAUAUGUCAUAGUUUGUCUGGACAUGUCGGUUUGGCUUAAAGGGAGAGAAAGUGGGGGUUUCUGUUUAGCAUUCAAUUUGGUUGUCUUUAUGCACAAAUAAAUGCAAUAUGUUGGA